AUGGCUCAGAUAGCAGCUGAAGCUAAAUUGCCCGCCAUAAAGCAUCUGCACUCGCAGCUUAGCUCUCAGGGCGGGACUGCUGCAAGGGGCUGCCAAAUUAAUCUCAGCAAAGAUCCAGAGCCCGUCAACACAGCGCCAUGGCCAAAAAGAUGGGGAAAGAUAGGGACACAGAACUGUAGUGUACUCAAGUGUGUGGGGGGGAAAUCCCUCUCUCGCCCACAACUCCUGUCUACAGUGUGCUCGGUCAGAGCCGUGGAGCUGACUGUGAAGGAGAGGAAUUCCAGGGGACCACAGGAGCAAGACAGGGCCAGCAGCCAGCUUGGCAGGAGGCUCCGGUGUGAUCAUCAUCCCAUAGGAGGAGCGACGCCCCCUCUCUCCUGCCUCCUCCUGCCUCCCAGCAAGCCGUGCCCCGUGACAGAUGAGCCCAGUGACAGCAGGACGCAACAACCUGCAAUUGAACAUUCUCCUGUGAUCUGUCAAUGUCCGUGGUGGCGUUUCACUCUCAGCAGAGCGCCUCGGGUCGCGCGUACCUUCACGCACACCCUUGCAUUAAGUCAUUUCACAAGCAUCGGAGGAAUCGGAGCCAGGAACGCCUCCUCGUGCUUGGGAAAUGCCUCGGAUACCUGUUGCAGGUGUCUGUGCGUGCCCCGUUUGUGUUUUUGCAAGAGCCUUGUGCGCUUCGUCCAAAAUGCACGAUAUCUGCGGGCGACUCCUCAGAUCGACUGCCCGUUUCUGCCUUGCCUUCUACCCCCUCCUCUCUCUCUCUCAUCGCUGAUGGAUGGACAGAUCAUGUAUAUCCAAUCUAGCAGUGCUCCUGAUGCGGUUAGGGGCUGUGACAAGUCUCCAGGCAGGGAACCGAGCAGAGCGGAGCGAAGGAACGGGGUGACGAAGAGGACACGACAUCUGGAGAACACGCAGAAGAAAAAGAAUGCACCAGCGAGCAGGGCUGCAUAUAAUGUCUGCACAGCGCCUCGAGCACAUGUGUGUGUGUGUGUUUUAUUUGUGGAAAACAAACAUACACCCUACACUCUGCCCUUUCUGCUACUGUGUGGGUUGACAGUUCAGAAUCAGUGGCUCCUGCACUCCACACCAGCCAAUAUAGAUGAUGAAAAUGAAUGAAAAUACUGUAGUAGAUAGUGCUGACAUUUUGCAUGCAUCAAAAGGAAAAAGCAGAGUUUAAGAGACUCUAUUAUAAAUAUACUCUUUGGACCUCAGAGUGUUACAGAUGGAGAUUGAUGGUGAGGUUCACUCAUGAGUUUCAGGGUGCCGUAGCAAACAUUAGCCACUAGGGGGUAAUGUUAUCCUCACAGAGUAGUGUGCUCUGUUAUGACACUGUUUUUUUUUUCUCAGACUAGUAGUGAGUUCAUGUUGCAUAUUGGACCAUUAUGGGCUGUAACACCGUAGAUCUGUUACUGUUGAGCGUUUGAAUGAGUGCAGGUCUUCAUCUCUGCCACUGCAAUGAGUCUUCUGGUCGCACACUUGGAUCUACUGAAC